AUGGCGUUAACAUAUACAUCUGAAUUUGCAAAACAAUAUUUGAUUGCACAGAGUGCUUUAUAUCCACAAAAUCAUAUUAUUUUUACUUGUUCUGGUGGCAGUUCUAUGGACUAUAUAUUUGAAAAAGACAGAGGCUACAGUUACAGAUGCAGUGGAGUAAAUAACAUGGGAGCAACAUGUUGUAAAAGAGAAAGAAAAUCUGAAAGAUUGGAUUCUUUCUUUGCACAAAGACAUCUUUCCUAUAAUGUUGUUAUGCAAGGAAUAUAUUACUGGUUAAACUGGAUUCCUAGAAUGACAAUGGGAGUUAUGCUUGGUGUUUCUCCAGAAACUAUAAGACAUCUCAUUGCUAGUAUUCACCAAUUGAUUCAAAUGGAUUUAACAAACAAUGAUAUGAGAAUUAGAGGUAUUGAUGCCAAUGGUCAAUCCAUUAUUGUUGAAAUUGAUGAAAGCAAAUUUGGAAAGAGGAAAUAUCACCAAGGACAUCGAGUAGAAGUUCCUCAGAGAGAUGCUGCAACUCUACUUCAAGUGAUAAAGAAGCAUGUAAAGCCCAAUAGCAUUAUUCACACAGAUUGCUGGGCUGCAUAUGGGGGAUUGACAUCAGUGGUUGAUAUGAACUAUACUCAUAGAACAGUCAAUCACAAUGUUGAGUAUGUUACAUCUGAUGGUAUUCAUACCAAUACUAUAGAAGUCUGUGGAAUGGAAUAA